GUCGAACGGGUGAGCGCCUAGGAGUAGGUUUAGCUAGCUCGUCGGCCGAUGGCCGUGCGACGUAUUUAUUGUUCGUCGGUUUCUUGUAGUUGUCUUUCAGCUAUCGGUAUUAGUUCUCUUAUCGCGUAUUGUGGUAAAUCUGGACUCUAAAAUUGAAUCGAUGUAAACAUGAUUAUUUGCGAGACUCAUGAGUCUGCCUCGCGUUCCAUCUCGAUUUCACGCACCAUAAUAAAGAGUUAAGCAUUGAUGAAAACUGUUUUAUCUGGGUGGAUGAGAAAAAUCUUUCGCUACGUCGCUUUCGGCGGCUUUCUUUCUGGUUAAUUGACUAGAAUAAAUAACUAUGCAACAAUGUGGGUUUUGUUCGAUGUUAUCCGGUCUUUUGCGAAGAGCGAUGUGUGUUGGCAGUCGCAGGGGCAGCAGCGAGUCUUAUUACAGGGAGUUGGGCGAUCAAGAUACACUGAAAAUAGAAGACAAAUCGGACCUGUCAGAUGACUCGGACGAAACAAAUCCAGACAUACAGCCGCGGCAUACAGACGACCUGAUAGCAGAGAACCCAGACACACAGAGGAAAAUCUGCACAGGUCGCUUCUUAACAAUACACAAGCGGCGGAAAAAGCGGCUGCUCACUCGUUCCUUAGUGAAUGAAUUUGCACUGCUGGACGACUUACACGUCGGCCAGGUGCAGUGCAUCCUCGACCAGUCAAAAUUAUGGAAGUUUAAUGCAUUUACCUUAGAGAACGUCUCAGGCGGUCGCUGCUUGCCAGUUCUCUGCGUGCAUUUGUUCCACAUAUACGGACUUAUCACCCAUUUCCACCUCGACGCAGCUAAGGCAUGGAAACUGUUCAGCCUGAUAGAAGAGGGUUAUCACAGCACUAACCCGUAUCACAAUUCCAUCCAUGCCGCUGACGUCACACAAGCUAUGCACUGUUUCCUCCAACAGAAACAGAUUAGAGAGCAUAUACAGCCUCUAGAGGUCAUGGCUUCGCUUCUAGCGGCAAUCGCCCACGACAUGGACCACCCUGGUGUCAACCAGCCCUUCUUGAUCGCCACUUCCAACCACCUGGCGGCGCUGUAUCACAAUACGUCAGUAUUGGAGAACCACCAUUGGCGUUCGGCUGUUAGCUGCCUGAUGGAGAGCGGGCUGCUGGACCAGAUAGGACACCUGCGGUCUAAAUUGGAGCACCAGAUCAGCUCGCUCAUCCUCGCCACCGACAUCACCAGGCAGCAGGAGUACCUGAACCAGUUUAAGGGCCACUUGGACAAGAAUACACUAGACAUGACGAGACCGGAGCACCGCCAUCUUGUGCUGCAAAUCGCUCUGAAAUGCGCUGACAUCUCGAACCCCUGCCGGCCAUGGGAGAUCAGCCGCAAGUGGAGUCUCAAGGUCUGCGAGGAAUUCUUCCGCCAGGGAGACUACGAGAGGAAACUCAACCUGCCCGUAACGGCACUCUGCGAUCGACACACCACGUCUAUUCCGAAGAUACAAACAGGGUUCUUUAAAUUCGUGGUGACGCCCCUUAUCACGGAAUGGCAUCGUUUCUUGCAAAAUGACCUGUCUAGACAAAUGCUCAAGAAUCUAUUAUACAACCAAAAUAAGUGGGAAACCCUGGUGGCGCAGGAAGCGGCCGAAGAGACAGGGACAGAGAUAUCCGACGCGGAUAUGGUGGAUGACGAUAUCGAAACUGGGACCAACAUUUCGGACAGCUCGGAACUAUUGCUCCCGCUGCGCAGGAGUUCACUAAACCCGACCAAAUCUGACAAAGGACUCAAGGAAAGUCUCAGGCGGUUUUCUGUCCCACUCAAUGUGUUCCAAGAUUCCAAAUACAAGAGCAGGGAUAAGAGCCGCGCGUCUUCUAUCGCGGAGCCGCGCCAGAGCAGCAGCCCUCACGGCAGCGAGCAUUCCAUCCACUCCCAGUUGAGCGUCCGGGGACAUUGCGAACAUGGAAUGCCUCCAGAGAAGGUGAUAAGUACUGAGAAACUGUUACCGGACUCUUCUAUAGCAUCUAUAACGACGCCAGUACAGGCUACUAGGCUCAAUACAGUGAUACGAGAUGGAGGUAGUUGGAAGUUGAUCCGCCAGCAGACUUUCCCUCCGCUGGAAACGGUCGCCCGCGCGCACGCUCUGUCCGUGAGGCCCCACCACACGAGCAACGAGGACGCCAUCUACCCGUCCCGUCUCAGGAAUGAAGGGCUAAAGAGGGAGAGGUUUUGUUUUUUCAAGAGGAAUGACACUGAUAAGACUGAAUAUGAUGACGCUUCUGAAAAGUUUAACGUAGAUGUAACAGAGUGUUCGAAUAACUUAGAGAAAGAGUUCAAUAUGCCGUUUAAGGGUCGAAGGGAGUCGGCAGGUUUGGGGAGUCAGUUGAGGGACAAUCUGCAGCUGGGAGCUUUGGACUCUGAUCAGCUGACGCGCCGCAGGAAGUCAGUGCCCGCCGAAGUGGCACUUUUCUCACCGAAGGAGAAGAAAAUGCGCGAAGUGACGGCCGCGCUGCCACAGAUACUGCGUCGCACGCUGUCCGGCAAGGAGGCCUGGACCCGGCGACGCGGCUCCGCCCCCGCCCCCGUCGCCCCCUCGGAACUCCGAGGACUCGCUUCCUUGAGCACAGUUCGGCACAGCGUAAACGGGGGUCGUAGGAAAGGGAACCCUAUAGUGACUUGCCAACAAUGGAUGGCCAAAGCGACGUACAGCGUGCAGGAGAGGACGAUGCAACAGCUGCCUCGCCGCAGCUCAUUGCCUGUCGAGGUCCUGACAGGUAUCUCAUGGCGCUGAAAAAAUGAAGACGUCGGAAUCUAAAUAAGGAGAGUUAAUUCGAUCACUGUGCUGUAUAAGACAUGGGAAUAUUAAAUUGUUCGUGGGGAUGAUCCAAUGAGUCUUUAAAAAAAUAUACUAAAUUCUCGGAACCGGCGCUGAAAAAAAUACAUUCGAUUGUGUUUUUUGAUCCAAAUGAUUUUUUUAUUAUGGCGUAAGGUUCAUAAUUGUUCACGUAACAUGAAGUAACUUUGCAGAAUAAAAUCUAUGGAGAAUUAAAUAAAUACGGUGCCAAACAGCUGUAAAAACUAUUCUAAAUAAGCUAUAUAUAUACAUACAUAUAUAUAUAUAUAUAUAUAUAUAUAUAUAUAUAUAUAUAUAUAUAUAUAUAUAUAUAUAUAUAUAUAUAUAUAUAUAUAUAUAUAUAUAUAUGAAUCAGACAGGCUUUUUUUUCAGCAAAGGAUCUUUCGAGUUUUCAGCGAAGACUCGUCGUAGUGAUAUUGACUUUGAACUUUUUCUGCUCAAGCGGAAUAAUAUUUGUUCAUAUUACGUAGUAAAAAAAAGGUAAAAUUAACCGUUGGUGUUUAUCCACAUGUCCACAACCCCAGUGUCCCAGUGGUAUUAAUGAAAUUCUUGUUAUAAGCGGAUUUAUUUCACAUCGUAGUACAAAUUACUGCUAUACAAUUGAUUUUAGGUAUCUUUUCAUAUAUUUUUAAGUGAUAUCAUAAUAAAAUGCCAUAUUGUUUUAUUAUAUAAUUUUCUGUUGUAUCGAUUGUUGUAUUCGUUAUUGGCGAUUCGUAUUUUAUGUUCACAAAAGGAUUUAGAGUCUCAUAAUCAGUAAUUAGUAUUUUAAGUAAAUUAGUCAUAGUUUUAAGUAGCUCUUAUGUUGGUAAUUAAGUAGACGCUCUUUUGAGCGAACAGUGUGUUACGGUGCAUUGUUGUAUUAUCAAAACGAGGUCAGUAUUACUAUUCCACACACGGCCAAAUGCUAAAAUUUAGUUAUGGAUAACCUAAGUGUCAUUUUGUCACUCGCAUUGUAUGUGGCGACAGCGCGAGGUGUAAGCAGUUCAUUACUAAAAAUAUUAUUGGUAUUCAUCCGCUAAUUCUACACCGAGACAACUUUGAAAUGUUAUCCGCUACACCUGUCUCUUUCCGUCGCAAGAUUUGAGACUGCUAAAAAGAGAUAGAAACACAAGCGUUGUGUUGAGAACGCGAGGCGCUGUUUCGAGUCUAGUUUGAACCGAAUUACCGUAACGAACUAUUAAGAACUCGUACAUUAACAAACCGCACUAUUUACAUCUGCUGUGAAGCGAUCAAAAUUAACAAAGGAAGGAGGAAUACUGAUUGUUGUCACAAUUAGUUAAUUUUACAUUUUAUAAAUGAUUUCAAUGCUGUAAAUAGUUAUGUAAUUCGUUGCAAUAUUAUAUUGAAUUCAAUUGCUUUUUUUUUUAAUUAAUAAAUUUCAUAAAACUGUUACAGACUUAUGGCGCGAAUACCGCAGACCGCGAGUAUCAUCGUAAAGUAGUUGAAUCGGUUUUGCGCCUUUCGAACAAGAGUAAGAGACCGAGAGGUUAUGAGUGGAGAUAGAAAGUGCAAAACUAUAUUAUACCCACAAGUACUAUCUUUUUUCUAUUCGCCCAUAAGUCUGUAUGAUGAUUUUUUAACAAUGUGCCGUCAUUAUAAAUGUAUAAUAUGUAUCAUAUAAACAGUCUUUCGAGUGUCUACAACUAACAUAUCUCGAAUGAACUGUAAAAUAAAGCCCAUUGAUAUGUGUGAAUAUAUAUUCUAAUAUAUGAAAUGCUUAUAUGAACAUCAUUUGUUCAGAUUUGUAAAAAUAGGUUUAAGAGAAACUAAAAUGAUAACGAAUCAGGCUUAUUUCGCGGACGCGAGAAUUUCUUAAAAAUGCGUUGGAUAAGUUUUGGUUUUGACUGUUUUCAAAUUUAUGAAGGAAGCGACAUGCAUCAUGCUCAGAUAAGCCUAUAUUUGCUUACAGACAGUACUUUGAAGCAUAAUACAGUGGGCACAUAUUGUAUUCGGGUUUGCGGUAACGUAUAGACAAAAUCAUUGAGGAAUGAGACAUUUUAAGAAAGUCAAUCGUUAGAAAACGCCAGUUUUGAUUCGCGCGCCAUAGUUUAGGUUAAAAACGUCGCGCUUUUUUAGGUUUAGAACUGAAAAAAAAAACAGUUUUGGCUUGCGGUAUUAGAAAGUCGGUAAGCGUGCAGUUGGGCCUGUGAAUCAGUUGGAACCACAGCUUUGAGCAAAUUCCGAAAAUUACGUUCCUUGAGAAGACCUCUGUCGGGAUUGUCACAAAACAUUGAUCGUCAAGACUCCAUUAAAUGGCUGAUACAUGUAUAUCACGACAAUGGUUAAAAUAAUAUUUAAACUAUCACUUAAUGGUUGUACCUAGAUGUAUAGUAAAAGAAAAACAAAAAAAAAAGUUUAUGAAUGUUCAAGAAAAUAGAUUGAUAGUACCGUUACUGCAACCCGUUCUUGUUGAGCUAUGCUAAUCGCCUCAACUUUGUAUACUACUCAAGACAGCCUUGCAACCACUAGGUGACGUUGACAUCUCACUCGUUUCGUUUGACGCAUGUGUAAUUAGCGGAUAAAUUUUGAAACAUGAACCUAGUGGAUGUGAAGCAUUAAGUGUUCGUUUAUAUUGACUAAUAAUUUAGUUGUCAGGCGCAGAGUUAGGCGACUGUUUAAUGCAUCACUUUUCAAGUAAUCAGUGUUAGGUGUUAUUUGUUCUUAUUAACUGGAACUCAGUUGGUGAGUAGGCAAUACAAGGAAGUUUAGUAUUUUUUUAGAUACGCGAAGGGUUUAGCAAACAAUUGCCGCUCAGUUUAAGGUUGUAUCACCUAUUUACCUAGUUCGUUAUAUCAAUAGUUUAGCCUGUAUACGCGCCUCAUGGGCCGUCUCAUUCACACAGAAAGUCCAAACAGUAGUAAAUCGUUGCUUAAUGCGCAAUCAUACAGCGUAAUCGAUCUGUCUCAGCCACACACCAUACGUGCGUAAGAGAUAGGCGAUUCACCCAGUUCACGUAUAAAUAAAUGUUACAAUAUAUGGCUAUUGUGGUAAAGGCCACAUGAAAUGGGCGCUUACAUUUAGUAGACUAACCGUACGUGCGGCUGAAAUGGACUAAUAUCUUCAGACUGUUCUCAAAGCACUGCCAUACUGAGCGACAAUUGUAUGGCUAUGCCACAUCACACAGAAGGAAAUGCAUAUAUGAAAUGUAUUUUUGUACGAUAUUUUAUUUUUGUAAAUUAAUAUGUAAAUUCUUGUUCGAUGCAUUCACUGCCAUUUUAAUUUAGUAUGAUAUUUUAGUCUUUAUUGUUCCUAUAUAUAUUUUGGUAUCUCUGUUCUAUAAGGUUAAUGAUUUAAUUUAGUUACUUCUUUUAUAGAACUGCACAAUUUUCAGUAUCAAAACUAAUGUAAUGUUCGGUAGUGAAUGCAUUAUUUAGCUUAGAAUAAUGUUAAUGCGUGUUUUAAUGUUAUAUGCAGUAUAUGUACCGAGAAUUAAUGAAUCUCUAUUAGGACAGUCUUAAUUAAGCUAUUGUUAUGUAUUUCUUACUAUGAUACACUGUCCAAAGAGCUGUUACAAUAUAGUCAUAAUUUCAUUCAGGUAUGUAUUUUUGAUAACAACAAAGCUGCAUAAAAGCACUAUAGAGUUUGUUAGAGUUUAAAAUAGUCUAAUUUAAAAAAAGAAACUACAUGUUCAAACAAUAUUAGUUCCCCGAAAUCUUUACCUACUGUUGAUCACGUUUAACAUAGAUAUAUAUACAGCUCUUCUAAAUAACCUACCUAGUACGCCAGAUUUGUCGCCAUAGCACAGUGUACGUACCCAUGUGUACGUUGCGCAAAGAGGUUUUAGGAAAUGAACUAUUUGAAAUACGCUUAACAUAGUUUUAACUUUACUAUUCUUCUUUGUAUUGUGAUCCGUGUCUAUCAUGAUCACAAAUUAUCGCAUAUACAUAAUUUUAGGUUACUCUUAGGGCGUAAUAAAAAAGAUCUAAUUCAAAUUAAGUUGAUUACUGCCAUAGUGUUUUGUUUCGUUGAACUUUGAGCGAUGAUUACGAAAAUUUAUUCAUCAAUGAAAAUAGCCUAUACUAGUAUCCCACUGCUGGGCAAAAGCGUUUCCUGUAAUGGGUAUAUUUUACGUGGCGUCUCGUAAAUAAACAUAUGAAAUCUUAAAUGAUUUUAUCUGGAAAUCACAAGUCGCACGAACGGUCGAAAUAUGAUAAUCCAAAAUUUUGGCGUACUCCCAACGCGCCGCGUCUCCUAUUAAAUAUUGCUAAAAAUAUCUAACAAAAUUCACUUCACAAUCUUAUAGCGUUCUUGUAAUUUAUAUAAGAUACACCAAUACUGCGAUGUUUUGGACGAAUAUAAAACUGCAUCAUCGGAAGUUAUAAAAUGAAAAAUAUUUGCUGGAUAUAAAAAAAUAUAUACAUAUUAUUUCUUAUUUCAAUUAAGUCCAGUCACGUUUUCCUGUUAUUUUUGUAUUUUUUUUUUCGUAAAAGUUAGACUCAUCGCUCCAAGGUUCUCGCACAAAUUUCGGAUCCUUAAAAAUGUUUUUUUAAUAGUAAUUUAGUUUCGUAAUUAAAGACAUGUGCUCAAUGAAUACGUCACACAUAGUAUUAUACAUUUUAGUCCCACUAUUUCGCAUCUGCGUAAAUUUCUCUAAAUUUUAAGAAAUAUAAUAUUAAUUAGUUGGAAUAUUUUUAUUAUGGUGUAUACAAAUUGUAGUUAGCAAGUUAAAUUUAAAUCUUAUGAAACAUCGGAUUGGAACGUUUUGGGAUAUCUUGGUUUAAGGUGAAGUGCCGCGGGUAACUGUAGAUUAUCAUGAAUAAAAUCAGUUCCCUGUGCCACUAGGUUUUAAUGUAAAUAUGACAAGUAUUUUGUUCAAGGAAGAAGUGUUGUUCUGUAUCGGUAAUCUAUGUCAUAAUAUUUUUUUCAUCAAUUUUAUUAACAAUGCAAAAUGCUAAAUAAUUUUAUUGUUUAGAUAUAUUUACAGCUUUAUUUUGUAAAUACUAUUAAUUCAAAAUGGCAUUACGAUAAAAUUAUUACGAAUUGACAAAGGAUGAACAUUUCUAUUAAUUUAUAUACUAUAAGUGAAAAGUCACAAACUGUAAUAUCUGAAAUAAAAUUCAUUAAUGUUCUGUUGUUAACAAUCGAGGUACCUAUUCAAAAAUGGUGCGAUACUGUCACUGCGAUACGAUCACUAUCGUCCAAUGAUGUUAGCAAAAUAUUUUGUUUUCCUAGUCUCAGUGCUUUCAAAGUACGCAAAAGGUUUCUUUUAAUUUAUUUAUUUUUAUUAAAUAAUUACCUUUCGGAUGCUAUGAGCACAUAGUUAAUGUCAUUUUAAUUUACACAUCGACGAUUUGGAUUUUUCUCGUAAAAUGAAUUUUAUUGCUUUGGCAUAGAAUUGCUUUUCGCAAAAAUUUAAUGUCUCCUUGUUGGCUGUACAAUUCUAUGGUCUUUGCAAUUGAGUCUGUUCUAAUCACAUUUCAAAAAAAAUUGGCUGAUCCCGAUGUGUAAAUGUUGUUGUUGUUGUUGGUGUUGGUGUAAAAACGAGAAGCACAAAGUCGCUUUAUUUUUUUAAAGUUAAGUUCGGUAUAAGCUACGAGAGGCAAUCUAACAUAUUGAUAUUUUUAAAAUGAUUUUAAUGUCGCCAUUUCAUUAAAUCAUCAGGUGUGUUGAGAAUUUUGAGAGUAUACAGUAAAACUAUCUCAGUGUAACAAAAAAAAUUUUUUUUUCUUUUCUAUAGGUUCUGGAGCACUUUUACGGGAAUUCAGAUUAACGUGGGUCGGCUGUGUAGAUGAAAAAUCUUUUUUAACACAUGAAACUGGCAAACUCAAUUGAAGGAGCUGUAAAAAAAGUAUAUUGCCACGUUUUGGGAAUUUUGUGGCCACAUUUGUCAUCACACUAUUAGCAGCACCUAGAAGCACUUUACAAUAAAACAAAUAGGAUUUGUCAUAGAAAUAUAUAUAUACAUAGACUCAUUUAAUUCAAGCAGAAUGCGUUCAUAUAUUUUUUAUUUUCAUAAGCUGCAGGCCGGCUUAAUGCUACCAGUGGCGCUAAAUUGAAGUUAAAAUUAUGUUUUGAUAUUUCUAUUCAUAGAAAUCGAAAAAUUUUGAAUUAUCGCGGAUCAUAAUCGCGUGGAAUUUGGAGAUGGCGCCACUGUGCUCAAAAUACGACCCAAAGUCAUAUAUUUAGUAAAAGACGCUCCAAGACAGUUAAAUAGAUAGCACUUCCAUCAUAUUUUAAUUAUUACUAUAGAUUUCUGUUUUUAAAUGAAAUUUUGUCCAUCAUAAAGCGGUUUGGGCCUGGUAUCAUCAAACAAGGUGUUACGUAUUAUGCGUGUGUACAUAUAUAGUGUGUACAGGUUGUGCGCUCUGUCAACGCACUGAUGUAUAAAAAUACAUAGUAUAAGAGACAUCUAACAACUAUGUCGUUACGAAGUGCAAUAUGUCAUAUUAUGUACUUAAAUUUCAUUUUAAAAUAAAUGUUUUUAAUCUC